UGUGAGUUCGAUUCGGAAGGAUCAAUUCUAUAUAGUGGAAGUGAAUUCUAGUCUGAUCCGUGCUACAUUACCUUUAUCUUUUUCUAAGCAUCUCUGCUAGAUUCAAUUGACGAAACAGUAUUAAAGAUGGCCUAUCGAUACGCUUGCGUGCUUUUGACCGUUGCGCUGUGCGCCGCCCCCGCCUUCUCCUUCUCGGCCGGUGCUCCGGACGGUGCCUGUGGAGACAUGAUCCCACAGCAUCACACCGAUCCGCAGAAAUCGGCUGCCCCGUACAAGAUUCUGCUGGGCAAGAAGCAAAUCAAAUCCGGCGAAGGCGUGACCAUUACCGUGCAAGGAAACACCGCAAAGGAUACCAUCAAGGGACUGCUUUGCCAGGCUCGUGUCGGUGAGACCGCGGUUGGAUCAUUCGAUGUCCCGCCAAACAACAACUUUAUCCAGACCCUGGACUGCGGCAACUCGAAGAUGUCUGCCAUCACCCAUAAGAAGAUUACCAACGCACCCAACAGCAUCUCCUUUAACUGGGUUGCACCACGAGGACUCAGCGAAAACGUCAAGAUUACCUGUACCAUUGCCCUGAACGGAGGUGUCUUCUGGGUUAAGGAGCAGGCCACUGACCUGAAGGUCAACUAAAAGUUGGAGGGAAAAUUUGACCAAAAUAUAUAUUUUUAAGCAAUGAUUUCGAGCUAAAUUUCUGGCUAGGACAGACUGUGACGUUCA